AUGGCGGAUAUCCUGGGAUACGUGAACCAAGGGAAACCACUUGAUGGUGAAGUCUGGACAAUAGAGGUAGGCGGAUCGAAGCAGAAAUGGGUACUUCACGAAAACCUCCUCUGCACUAGUUCUGCCUUCUUCCGGUCUGCAGUCAAGAAAGAAUGGGAUCAUGACCGCAUGAGGACGAUACCUAUGCCCGACGAUGAGGUCGACGUCUUUCAGGUCUACGUACAAUGGCUUUACCAGGCCAAGAUUCUGGUACAGCAGCACAACGAAGACCCGAAAUCUUCGCGGGAACUCCACACAUUGAUUAAGUGCUACAUCUUUGGCGAGAAGAUUCAAGACGUAGUUUUCCAGAAUGUCACUAUUGACAGUAUCUUCGCUUGUGUCCACAGGGAAAAAGACGGAACGAAGUGGUUUCCCACUGACGCUGACACUGUGUACGACGGAACGCCGGAAGGUUCACCUCUAAGGACGCUCAUAGUUGAUAUGUUCGCUUACCAUGGUCAACAAGGAUGGCUCGAGGAGCAGCGAAACGUUGACUUCCUUGUCGACCUCGCCAAAAAACUUCUGGACGUGAGGGAGCGACCAUUAGGUUUAUCGCCAGUAUCAAGAGACACAAGCUCCGUUUAUCACAAACCAGCGCAAGAGGUAGUGACACAAGAUCCAAGCUCGGAACAGACGACUGAGUCAACGAUCAACAGAGGUGAGGAGACGACGACACGGACUCGCUACCGAACAUAA